GACCUCAGUGAAGGAGGAUCAUGAUGGCGGAAGCGGCAGAGUCUUCAGGAGACCAUAGGACAGUGCCACCCAGGCCGCUGUUUUCAGGCCUUUCAGGUAUAUCCAUCUCACAAGACAUCCCUGUAGAAGGAGAAAUCACCAUUCCUAUGCGAUCUCACAAUCGAGAAAUUGACAGCUCUACAUUAAAUGAAUCUGUUCAGAGUACCAUUAUGCGUGAUUUAAAAGCUGUUGGAAAAAAAUUUAUGCAUGUUUUGUACCCAAGAAAAAGUAAUAGUCUUUUGAAAGAUUGGGAUUUAUGGGGACCUUUGUUCCUUUGUGUGACUCUCGCAUUAAUGCUUCAAAAAGGCUCUGCAGAUAGUGAAAAAGAUGGACGGCCCGAGUUUGCAGAAGUAUUUGUUAUUGUCUGGUUUGGUGCAGUUACUAUCACCCUCAACUCAAAACUUCUUGGAGGAAAUAUAUCUUUUUUUCAGAGCCUCUGCGUCCUGGGUUACUGUAUACUUCCCUUGACGGUGGCAAUGCUGAUUUGUCGACUGGUCCUUUUGGCUGAACCAGGACUAGUAAACUUUAUGAUCCGACUUCUUGUGGUGAUUUUGAUGUUUGCCUGGUCAAUUUUAGCCUCUACAGCUUUUCUUGCUGAUAGCCAGCCUCCAAACCGCAAAGCCCUUGCUGUAUAUCCUGUUUUUUUGUUCUAUUUUGUCAUAAGUUGGAUGAUUCUCACAUUUACUCCACAGUAA